GGUACGGUCUAGAUUUCGUGACAUUGUGACAUACCGCUUCACGGAACUGCCAAAAACUUGAGAGUUUCAUUGACAGGUCUGCUGCGAUUUCACAACUGACAUCAUGGCAGCAAUAUUUACACCGACAAACCAGAUUCGACUGACGAAUGUGGCCAUUGUAAGGAUGAAAAAGGCCGGGAAACGGUUCGAAAUCGCUUGCUACAAAAACAAGGUUAUGUCCUGGAGGAACAAAGUUGAGAAAGACAUCGAUGAGGUUUUACAGACGCACACAGUGUUUACCAACGUGUCCAAAGGCCAAGGGGCAAAGAGAGAAGAUCUGAUGAAGGCCUUUAAUACCGAAGACCAGACAGAAAUAUGCAAACAGAUUUUAGCCAAAGGUGAACUCCAGGUGUCAGAGAAAGAACGUCAGCAACAGCUUGAGUCCAUGUUCCGUGACAUUGCCACCAUCGUCGCUGAGAAGUGCGUUAACCCCGAGACCAAGAGGCCAUACACCGUGGGAAUGAUAGAGCGAGCGAUGAAGGAUGUCCACAUAUCGGUGAAACCCAACAGAGGCACCAAACAGCAGGCCCUGGAUGUCAUCAAGAAGCUGAAGGAGACGGAGACGAUGCCCAUCGACCGUGCCCAGAUGAGGCUUAGGAUCACCCUGCCGGUCAAGGAAGGCAAAAAAGUCAAGAGCAAACUGAAGUCUUUGAUUAAAACCAUGGAGAGAGAGGAGUUUGGAGAGGAACUGGAGAUGGUUUGUCUGGUUGAUCCAGGCUGCUACCGAGAGAUGGAUGAGCUGGUGCGCUCCAGUACCAAGGGGCAGGGAACCGUGGAAGUCCUGGAUCUGAAAGACAUCGAGGAAGGAGAUGAGAGAUUAGAAUGAAAGUAAUUAUAAAGCAGGGUUUACAGUUCUGUGAAGAUACGAGGCCUUGCUCAAGUGACCUCGGUCGAGUUCUUGCACAGCUGAAUAUUGAGUUGUAAGCAGCAGAGGGACUGGCUCACAGAAGACAUUUUAAGUAAAUGUUAAAAAAUUGCCAGUUAGGACACUCACAGUCCAUGGUCAGAAUUGAAACUUGUGAGAGUUUGCUUACCAAAUGCAUUCUUGUUCCCUGAAUGCCAUCUUGAGGGUCGCCAUCUCUUACCACACCUUGUUUGACCUUUAGCCUGUUGAUUCAUUUAGAGCAAAAUGGUACGUUUCAUUUUCUAUGAGCCAAUGUGGUUUUGGUCACCUUCCUCCAUGGUCGGAACAGGGCAUUUGUGGUUUCAUAUCCUACUGGAGCCAGGGUUUCUGUGAGAUGUACACAGUAUCCCAUUCAAAAGAAGACUGGUCCCAGCUUGUCUUCGCUACUAGUCUAGAAUGUAGUGGACAGGCUGGGCACCUGAUUGUCAUCUAGGGAUACAAAAGAGCCCUCUAUAGUUUAUGUAGAAAGCCAGUAGGGUUCAAUUCAAUCUGUUGAAUACAAGUACAACUUGAGGUCACUGAUGUACAUGAUUUGCAACUGUGCUGGUGGAUAGCAGACUUUUUUAGUUUGGUUUUUACCAUCUUGUGGAGAAACUGCAAAGCAAGAAAGUCAGGCGGUGUUUGUCUCAUUGGGAAUCAACACCGUGAUAUCUUGCUGAAAUGGCAGUUUGGGGGGCGUACGGUGGCGAUAAGUUCCCAUAUUCUGUGCAAUAAUCCACUGAUUUGAUAUUCGAAGUUUAUUUUUUGUGAGGAUUUGCUCAUUGGCAAGCAUGGCUAAAGAAAUGUUGACCCUGCUAAAUGCUUAAGUUAAAAGCGUUUGUACCUGACAAAGCUUGUCUUCCAUCAGUUGAUCUUGUCUCUUGACCUCUCAACUGGCAUCAGUGUAGUGGUAGUCAUCUGCACCAGACAGACGGUGAACUAUUUGAGAAUCGCAUGCAUAUGAAACGACAAUGACUUCAAGAAGUGCAACGACAGUCUUCCGUGUACAAAAGAUACCAAACUAAAGGAAGCAAGCUGUCUAGAGGGUGUGGGUAUCACCAGAAAAUUUUCCAAGGGUGCCACACCCCUUCCCCAGGUGUGCCCAUGAAUCUAUUUGGAUCUGAAAGCUUUCAAAUGCCUUCAAAUUUGAUACAGCAUUUGAAUAGUACAUGUAACUAGUCUAAAUUCAAACUAGGGUUAUCUUCAAAGUUUUAACUUGUCUUUGAGUUAUGUAAUUAUGUUCAUUGUUUGCAUUUUGAUUUGGCACAAACUGGCUUGUAAAUAAAUAUCUAUUGAGAAACUGCCAAACAGUAGAGGAAAUCUGGUCUUUGUUAAAGUAACUUGAGGAUCCUUUAAUUAAACUGGGUUCUACUAGGUCGUUAUUAACUGGA